UUAUCGCUCGAGACACAAACAGAGUGAAAGUAAAAGCUCAGGUGUUUCGCCAUGUAGAGCUAUGAAUUGAUUUACAAUACGGAAUACUGAAGUGUUUUAUGGGGAGCUUUAUAGCUAAUGAAUUUACCAGUGGCUACUUGACAGGAAAGUUGGAGGAUUUGUGUGAAUUUCUAUGUAGCCUAAUUAUAUUUUGGUCAAGGUGAGUGCGCAGAUCUCCUGACGCUUUACAGAGUCAGUGGUGAAGCUCAGAUUCUGUUUCAUCAUGGAUGACACACAAACAUCCAGAGAUGAAGAUCUUUCCCCAGGAUGCAGUCACAAGUCUUUGGAUUUGCCAAUAGAGUUUAAAAGUGGAGACACACAGUCUGAUCUCAGUUCAGUUCAUCAGAAGAGUCCAGAACCAGAACCCAGCUGUGUGUCUAUGAAGAGUGACGAGUCUUUGGUUUUGGCAAUAAAUUUUAAGAGCAGAGAUACACAGACUGAUCUUGGUUCAUUUCAUCAUAAGAAAUCAGAACCAGAGCCCAGCUGUGUGUCUAUGAGGAGUGAAGGGUCUGCGAGUCAUCCACUACAUCCUAAGAGUGGAGAUACACAGACUGAUCUCAGCCAUGAACUCCUCAACACGUUUAGAUCAAAUCUGAUGAAGAAGUUUGAGUGUCUGUAUGAGGGAACAGCGAUGCAGGGAAACCCAACAUCCCUGAAAGAGAUCUACACAGAGCUCUACAUCACAGAGAGUGAGAGUGGAGAGAUCAGUAACGAGCACGAGGUGAGACAGAUUGAGACACAAUCCAGGAGAGCAGCAACAGAGGACACACCGAUCAAAAUGCAGGACAUCUUUAGACCUUUACCUAGACAAGACAAACCCAUCAGAACUGUGCUGACAAAGGGAGUCGCUGGAAUUGGAAAAACAGUCUCUGUGCAGAAGUUCAUCCUGGACUGGGCUGAAGGGAAAGAGAAUCAGGACGUCCAGCUCAUAUUUCCACUUCCUUUCAGAGAGAUCAAUCUGAUGAAGGACAAAACACUCAGUCUUCCAGAUCUUCUUCAGGUCUUUUUCCCUGAAACAAAAGAAAUAGACAUUUUCAGUGAUGAAUAUAAAGUGUUGUUCAUCUUUGAUGGUCUGGACGAGUGUCGUCUGUCUCUGGAUUUUCAGAGCGAUGUGAGGUUGUGUGAUGUAAGUGAAUCAGUCUCAGUGAACGUGCUGCUGACAAACCUCAUUGUGGGGAAUCUGCUUCCCUCUGCUCUCAUCUGGAUCACCUCCAGACCAGCAGCAGCUGAUCUCGUCCCCUCUGAGUGUGUCCAUCGAGUGACAGAGGUACGAGGCUUCAGUGAGCCACAGAAGGAGGAAUACUUCAGGAAGAGAAUCAGUGAUCAGAGUCUGGCCAAUACAAUCAUCUCACACCUGAAGUCCUCAAGGAGCCUCUUCAUCAUGUGCCACAUCCCAGUGUUCUGCUGGAUCUCAGCCGCUGUUCUGGAGAAGAUGUUGAGUCGAGCAGAGAGUGGAGAGAUUCCCAAGACUCUCACUCAGAUGUACACACACUUCCUGAUUCUUCAGACCAACAUCAAACAUGAGAAGGACUAUGAGAAGAACGUGACAGAUGAAUACAUGAUCCUCAAACUGGGAAAACUGGCUUUUCAGCAGCUUGUGAAAGGCAAUGUGAUCUUCUAUGAGGAAGACCUGAGAGAGUGUGGCAUUGAUGUGACAGAAGCAUCAGUGUACUCAGGAUUGUGCACUCAGAUCUUCAGAGAGGAAUUGGGCUUGUAUCAGGGGAAAGUCUUCUGCUUUGUUCAUCUGAGCCUUCAGGAACAUCUAGCGGCUCUGUAUGUGCACCUCUCCUGUACAAACCACAACAGAAAUGUGUUUGACCAAAUCACCAAACAGAGUUUGUGGUCUAAAGUUAGGGACUGGUUUCAACUAAGUUCAACAAAACAUGUUUCAUUUUCUGCUCUGCAUCAGAGAGCUGUGGAUGAGGCUCUAAAAAGUAAAACUGGUCAUCUGGAUCUUUUCCUGCGGUUUCUUCUGGGUCUGUCAGUGAAGACUAAUCAGAGUCUUCUGCGAAGACUAAUGAAACAGACAAAAAUCAGAUCUGACAGCAAUGAGGAAACAAUUGAGUACAUCAAGAAGAAGAUCAGGAACAUACCCUCUCCAGAGAAAUCCAUCAAUCUGUUCCACUGUCUGAAUGAACUGGGUGAUCAUUCAGUAGUUGAGGAAAUACAACGGUAUCUAAAAUCUGGAAGAAUAACUGAAGCCAAACUCUCUUCAUCUCAGUGGUCAGCUGUAGCUUUUGUGUUGCUGACAUCAGAGAAGAAGAUGGAUGAGUUUCAUCUUGAUAAAUUUGUUAAAAGAAGCAAAGCUGAAAAUGUGAAAGUUCUUCAGAUGCUUCUGCCGGUGGUUAAAGAAUCCAGAUCAGUUCAUUUAAAAGAUUGUGGUGUCACAGGUGAAGGUUGUGCUGCUCUGGCUUCAGCUCUGAAAUCAAACCCCUCACACCUGAGAGAACUGGAUCUGUCUGGAAAUAAGCUAGAAAGUUCUGGUGUGACACGGCUCUGUGAUUUAUUUGAAGAUCCUCAUUGUAAACUGGAAAAACUAGAGUUGAGUGAUUGUGGAAUCACAGAUGAAGGUUGUGCUGCUCUGGCUUCAGCUCUGAGAUCAAACCCUGAACACCUGAGAGAACUGAAUCUGUCAUCAAAUAAAAUGGUAGAUUGGAAAGUGAAUCUGCUCUCUGAUUUACUGAAGAAUCCUCAUUGUAAACUGGAGAAACUGAGGUUGAGAGAUUGUGGCAUCACAUAUGAAGGUUGUGUUGCUUUGACUUCGGCUCUGAAAUCAAACCCUGGACACCUGAGACAUCUGGAUCUGUCUGUGAAUGAGCUAGGAGACUCAGUGAAUCUGCUUUCUUCUGUAUUGGAGGAUCUUCGCUGUAAACUAGAGAUACUGUGGUUGUGCGAUUGUGGAAUCACAGAUGAAGGUUGUACUGCUCUGGCUUCAGCUCUGAGAUCAAACCCUGAACACCUGAGACAGCUGGGUCUGUCGGGGAAUAAUAUACGAGGUUCUGGUGUGAAGGUGCUCUCUGAUCUAAAGGAUGAUCAACAUUAUGAACUGAAAGUGUUUUUCUAUUGACUCUCAGAAUUUAGAUGUCAGUCCAGUUUCCUCAGGAUCAGCUGAUGGUGAAUAAAGAACCACUACAGAGACACACAGUCGAUGUGUACAGAUGCUGUAAACACUUGUUCCAAACUUUAUUCAUCAAAUUUCCACAAUUAUCUGUUAAGGCAUCUGCACACAGCCAAGGCUGCUCAAAAUUCAAUGUAAUGCAGCAUAAAAGCCAGACUAAUAUUUGUAUCUGUGUAAAUGCAUUUAUACCACCUAUGAGCAGCAUUAAACAGUCUGUGUAAAGGCCCAUAAAUGCCAUUGCUUCUGUGCCACCUUUGCAGUGUAAGUUUGGCAUCAGAGGACCUGAAUUUACUGUAUUAUUUGGGGUUGUUUUGAAUUUGCUGUAUUGGUUACAACGUACACUACACUCAAUAACACUCAGUAACAUACAAACAUAUACACUACAAGCAUGUGAGAAUGAGAUUAAUUGAUGAAUAACUUUCUUUUUACAUAUUAACAUUCAGAGUAAUUUAGUAUAAUAUGACAAGUUUUACAUUAGGGAGCCUGACUACUGAAGAGAAAUAAAUAUUUUAAAUGUUACUCUUUUUACCUAUAAUAUAAACUUCUGGAUAACAUUUUAUUGUUUACCUAUUUUAUGUAAGCCAAUCUAUUUAAAUGAUCUUUUAAAGUGGACAGAUUACUGAAAUAUUUCCUUAUACCUUUUGGGUUGAAUACUGCUUACUAAACUGGAGUCAUUGUCUCGAUGUAUCUAUUCUACAUGAUCCUUCCCUUUUCUGACAAGAAAAUAAAGUUAGUAAUUGAUGGCAGAUUUUGGUUUUGUGUUUGCAAUAGAAUUUUAAUAAUGUAGGUAAAAUGUAUUUUCUUUUGCAGUGUGAUUUCUUUAUGCACUUGAAUAAUCUGGUUUUCAUGGAAUCAUUCUAUACUUCAAGUUACUGUGUAGUUAACAUUCACUCCACAUACCUAUUUGGAAUAACUGCUCUAUCAUAUUUAGAAUAAAAAAACUUUUUUUAAAGAUUGGAUGGCUUGAUUACGAGGUGUUGAAUGACUGAAAAUUUAUAUUUGUAUGAAGUUAAAACAGUGUAAAAACAUCUAACAAAUAAACCAAAAUUGAACAAUGACGAA